CUUCGCAUACAUACAUUUUCUCUAUAUACAUAUAAAAUUGUACAGGUAAUAAGAAUAUUGAUUGCGGUAAUCAUUUAAUUUUAUCAUAACGACUAAGAUGGCGAUGAAAAGGAUAGUCGUAUGUUCAGUCUGUUAAAAAAUUACUGUUGGAUGAUUAGAAUAACGAAGGAAAAUUUGGCAUAGAAUUCGUGUAAACAUGCGCCAGAAAUUUAGGCGGGAUGUCCCGCCCCAUGUGUAGCCUGGCCGUUAUACGUAUACAUACAUAUUUCCUGAGUGAGAGUGGUAUAUAGUGGGGUAGCGUGCCGCGAGAGGGUGCCGUGCGAGGCAGGUCAGGGCUGGGGCUCAGUACGUUUGCGUACGCCGUUUCGUUUGUGUCGGGUAUUAAGUGUUCCUCCGCGAUUCUUCGCUCGCUGCUUCUCUCCACUCUCUGUGUUGGAUUCUCGGGCAAGCGUGAAUCAACGUAGUAUCGAAUCAAAGGCAUCAGUGAUAACAAGUAUGUGCUCCGCGAUGGUGCAGCGAGCUUACAUAAUUGUUGGCGUACAUUGAGAGAGUUGCAUAUACGCGCGUGUCACGAGUGAGUGCGUGCUACUCUUUUCCGUUGAUCCCACUAUUCAGCGUUUUCUUUCACUGAUUCUCUCCUGCUUCGGUCUGGCAUCAUAUACAUAUAUGUAUAUAUGCAGAUUUAUUUUCUAUUUAUUUUAAAUUGCUUAAGAAAGCGAGAGCAUUCAAAAAGCGCAGACUGAGCAACGAUCAUGGCAUUGCACGGGGAAGAAGUAGUAAUGACUUUGUUUAUAUUUUUUGUAUUUGCUGAUUCCAUCAAUGGUUUCGCUGGGAAAUAUCAGUUGGAGUACGCAACAGUUGCCGAACUCUCAGCCAACGGACGCGGAUCAACAAGAACAGCAGAACCAAACUGCAAGCGGAAAAGUGGAACAAGAUCCUAUAGAGCUUACCAAAAUGACGGAUCAAAGAGAGCAACAACUACAACAACAGCAGCACCAGCAACAGCCCCAACAACUACCCCAGCAACAACAGCAGUCCCAUCAACAAAUGAAAGGCAACGAAGAACCAAGAACUAACUUAAUCAUCAACUAUCUACCGCAAAGUAUGACAGAGAAGGAUCUUUACAGUCUGUUUGUAACUAUUGGACCUGUGGAAUCCUGUCGCGUUAUGAAAGAUUAUAAAACUGGAUACAGUUAUGGUUUUGGGUUCGUUAAUUACGCAAAAGCCGAAGAUGCGGCCACAGCCAUAAACACCUUAAACGGGCUUCAGGUUCAAAACAAAAGACUAAAAGUAUCUUUCGCACGACCAUCCGGUGAAGAAAUCAAAGAAACCAAUCUCUAUGUUACAAAUUUACCAAGAAAUAUAACGGAAAGCCAGAUCGAUGAUAUAUUUAGCAAAUAUGGUAAUAUCGUACAAAAAAAUAUUCUCAAAGACAAAAUCACUGGUUUACCAAGAGGUGUGGCAUUUGUAAGAUUCGAUAAACGGGAAGAGGCGCAAGAGGCGAUCGCGCGGCUACACGGCACAAUACCAGAAGGCGGAUCAGAGCCACUUAGCGUAAAAAUCGCGGAGGAACAUGGAAAACAAAAAGCGGCGUACUAUGCAGGAUGGCAAGCUGGAUACAACCAGAGUCGAGGUACUGGUGGUAGCCUGAGCGGUGGAGGAAGAGGCAGAGGCGUCAGUGGACCACCAGGAAUGGGCAUGGGUAUCAGUGGCAGUGGUCCAGGGAUGCUGGGCAGAGCAGGUGGAUUCGGACCACGUGGAGGACCACACGGUGGAUUCAUUGGAGGAAGCGGUGGGCCAGGAGCCAUGAGAAUGGAGAAGAUUCAUCCUCAUCGUUUCAAUCCCAUAGGGAUGGGCGGUGGUUACGUACAAUCGCAUUUCUGGUGACCUAGCGUCGACAACCUGGCGAGCAAAACAGCACCAACCACGUACCUUUCUGCGUUCAACCGGAGAGCAAGCUGCGACGAUCGUCGUUGCCGUUCGUAAUCGCUGAGAGAACAGGAAGAGGACAUCGAGGAUCAACCAAGUUGCUCCUCGAUACACAGGGUACACGAUGCUACGCGCUCGAAGCAGCCUGACGUCGUGUUUCUCGUCGAUGCGGACCUUGUAGCUCGGGAAGCUUAGGGACAGACUGAUACCACGAAUCUGUAAAUUAUUCUGCGCGAUGCAUAGUAUUUAAUGAUGUUUCUACGUGCCUGUACCAAAGCUCGGAACACCUAGUAUUUGUACAUCCAGUGAUGGACACUCGAGACCCAUUCAUGGUUGGUGGGUCGUCUCGAUUAAUCGUAGUUCAGCUCGAGUUCUUUAAAAGGACUUAGAUCACUGGUUUUUAACCCUUUCACUACAGAAGAUCAUUAUAGCGGUCCUUUGGAAACUUACCUCUAUUUAUAGAUAGUAGUUUUUCAGGAGUCUGGGUACAAACAGUGUCCUUUAGGAAAGUGGAAACAUUAGAAAAUUUUUUUAAAGGACACAUUUUACACCUAAGCCAUAAACAUUACUAUCUGUGAUAAUCUGUUACCCCUAUGUAGGCCACUAUAAUGGAGCACCAAUCAACCUCUUUGAAAGGGUCUAAAUAAUUGUUAAAAUUAAAAGCUUGAUUAAAUUGUACAUAUGAUUAAUGAAUUCUUCGCUUAUUUAAAUCAAUUGAUGAGUUUAAAGCACUUUGGCUAGCUUCGUUGUAGCAAAAGGGUUAAAAGCCUUGAAACAGAUUAGGUCCAUUGCAAGCCCUCCAAAUAUACAUAUGUAAGCUAACGUCUGUGUCACCGAAUUCGAUCGACUGCUUGAAUAAAUUUUAACUUCUUCUCGUCACGAGAUUUCCAUUGAAAGAGUUCAGCUUCGUCGGGAGACACAUCAGCAAAGUCUCUUCCGUCGAAGCUCGGUCUUUGAGGAGGACGUUGUUCGUUGAAGAUUUUAAAAAUGUUCGACAGAGCUUAAUUGUAAACGAUUUCGAAGCGAACAGAUUGCGCUGAUCGCCACUUCAUCGACAUCCCUUUUUAUCGUUAUGACCUCUGAUCCCUCGUCUAGCUUUUAUAUUACCUUCGUUCUAUUGUGCGUUUAAAUUAGUGGCGUGUUCGGUCCCGUCGAUGAAACGAUCCUCGUCGAACGUAACGCGUUGUUGAGGUACAAAUCGCUUGGCCACCGAUUCGUCACUUUAGAGCGAAAUUAGUCAUGCUCGGUGGCAAAGUUACACCGUGCUAAAUUAUCUCUGUUAUCGCGGCUCUGAGAUCGUUCACAGGAAUUCUAUUGUUCUUCUGGCAGUCGACACGCGAUUCCUUAUGUUUAAAUAAAACACGUUUACUGGCCAAAAGCAGGAAAUCUUCGUUAAAGUGUAAAAGAAUUUUGUUGAGGGUUGGAUUAAGAGGUACCUCUCGAAAAGUAGAACUAUAUUUCAAUCAUUGGUGUAUCGUGACAAUUCAGUAUAUCUGAACAAAGUACCUGUCAAUGACUCAACUGGAGAUUCUACGUGUAUGCUUCUGUCCAAUAAACUUGUGUAAUAUUAUAGUUAAAUUGGAACGAGUACAGGGUUCUCUUAGCUUUGAUCAGCUUCAAGUAUGCUCGGCUAAUCUAGAAGCUAAGAGAGAAAAGAAAGAUGUAGGUGUCGAAUGCUGGUUUUCCUUUACGGUUAAGCGUUUUAUCUUGCGUGUAGGGGGGGGCACGUUGGAAGUAAAAAGCUAAGAGUUCUACGUGUUGUUGUACAUUUCCUUUUUUAAUGGUUCUAACUCUUGAAACUUUAUCGAACGUUUCACGUUAAGAAGUUUUAUUCGAGUCAGCGUGCAGAAAGGGGAUAGGUGUUUUCCCCGUACAGCGUUGGACAACGAUGGUUGCUGGUAUCUGAAAGCUUUUUACGCUUAGAAAUCAAAAUUAUUUUGGUACUGCUGAAAAAUAUACUCGCUUUUAGAGAUUGUCAUUCGUGUACUUCAAAAAAAAAAACGAAUGUAUUAAACGAAUUAAACGAACCUCUGAUGCACCGUCGUUGUCUUCCGGACUGAUAAGAGUUAGUUGCAUGGUCGUGUGCAGUUUAGGUUUCUCUCAGUUAAAAGAAUAAUUAACCGAUAAUUAAGAGAAGCCCAGGUUGCGCCAGAGUGUACAUAAAAAUUGUAACGGAAACACGCCAUUAAUCCGCGGCACGUUAUAGAAAGGGAAAAAAGAAAUGAGACUGACUUUUUAUAGGGGACAAAUUUCACGCGAACAUUUUAAAAAUCGAAAUUGCCUUAUUACGUAUCAUCGUGAAGCCAGCUAGAUUUUCUUUUCCGUUUCUUCUUUCUCCGUUUCUUUUUUGUGUGUUUUAUUUUUUUAUUAGAAUUUCGUGUCGCAGCUGCGCGUUCGCUGCGGGACUGUUCAAAAGGGAAAAGGAUUUCAGGAAAGAAAAAAGAGAAGAAAACGCUCUUCGUAGUCACCUUUAUCUCAUUAACUCGAAUUUUCUAUGGCACCGAUAGUGCGUUCGUUUUUGUUAACAUGUUCCCUGCUGUACACCAUUUCUGCGUUGAUGGUCGAAGGCUUCGAGUCAAACUUAAAAAUCGUAUUUUACGUGUUUAAUUAUCGGAAAUGUUACGAUUUUGCCCAGUUUAGCGGUGAAUCAAAGAAUAUUGUCUCUGCGAACAAUAUUAUCCCUUAGUUAAUUAAAGUUGUGCCUCUGAUAAAUGUCGUGGGUCACCGAUGGUCACCCAUAGGACAUGGAACGUGUUAACAAAUGAAACGAAUCCUGCACUGUAUCAACGAUUCUUUUGUUAACAACAUUCAUACAAUCAUACGCUCUUUCUGACUUUCUCUCUCUCUCUCUCUCUCUCUCUCUCUCUCUCGAUAAUUCAUAGUUCUAAGAUCUAAUUAUUUAAGACGAAAUAAAAUAUCUGUAAACGGAAAAAUUCCACUGGUUGUAUGUAAUCUGUUGUGCAAAGAGGGCGAGAAAAUGUAGUCAGGAAUUCUUGUGAAACAGUUAUUUAUUGUAGUCGCGUCGAACCACGACUCGUCAGUUUUCUACUUGUACAAAAAAGAAAAAAGAAAGAAAAAAAAAAGAAGUUGAACAAUUGUUAAAAAAAAAAAGUAAUGGAAAAAGUUUGAUGCGAUCAACCGAGUACGUUGUUGCCCUUCAAAAGGCAGCUUGCAUUUGUUAAUGAAGCAAAGUGCCCGAUGACGAGCCGCAACGUACCCAGCCUAGAAACGUUUUGUGGUUUCUUCAAUCUGUACUCCAAUUCCAGAACACUCCUGUAAACAGUAUUGUAAAAGUGUUGGAAGCUUUCUGUCCGUGUACACUGUUCAAUUUACAAGAUUUUAACUGAA